UCUUUAUUUUAACUGACAACCAUCUUGUUAUGCAGUUGCUAUGACAACAAUAAAGAAGACACAACAAUACUAGUACAACUAUCGCUCAUUUACAAUGUUUGAGUCUUAAGCCUGAUAAUAAAAACAAGGCUUAAUCAAUCCGACCCAACUUUCAACAAGAUUUAGAAAUCAAUAGUUAUAGUUUUUAUCUUUUACUUUUUCAUGUUGUUAUAAAUAAAUAACCACAAAAAUCAACAGAUCCCCACAUUUUUUCUGAGUUUAUCAAAACCUUUUCUCAAAAUUGGCCAAAAACAUUUGGUGACCGCUGUCUCAGCCUUGCUUGAUGUCAAGUUAUAGUGCAUGACCGAUAGAGUGAUUAAUAAAAGAAAACAUUUAACAUCAUAUAUUAGCUCAAAUAUCGUAAAAAAUCCUUACAAAUAUUUCUAAAUUAGCACCACAAAAUCUGUGAUGAUUGCAGAAAACCACAAAAACAAUCCUGGAUGGACUGAUUAGUGUGAAAAGAUGUUCAAUAUGAUGUUAUUUUAAGAAUUAUUGAAUGCUGAAACACCUAUAUAUUGAUAUUUUAACAACUGAAUUGGUUUUUAUCAGUACGAUCUGGUGCAACAGGCCCUGUAUGAACAUUCAGAUUUUGGCCCAAAAUGGAAAUGAGUUUGAUGCCCUGAUAUUUGGGAUAAAACGAGUGAAUCAUGGACUAUUUUGAAUGUAAACAAGAAUAAAGAGUGAGAUAUUUGGUGGUGGAAUGAUGUCACACCACCAGCAAAGGAAGACUCUGUGAUGUCACUGGCGGUGCAGUCUGUGAUGUCAUCAACUGCAGAAUUGUAUGCAACACAAUUCUGCAUAUUUUUCAUUGCUUGCAAUAUCACUGACCAGUUCAGACGUGCGCAAAGCUCUUUAAGGUAGUUUACCGAUCGACAACUUUAGUGAUUGUAUUUAGGAGAAAAUGUCUCAUUAUACGCCAAGAUACCGCAGUGGAACGAUGGGACCCCACGCGAGAAGGGGAGGCCAGCAAAACCCCCAAGGCAGGUUCCCUCCUGCACACCCGAGAAUCUUUCACGGGGAAAUCCAAGAACUCAGCUACGCCCUGGAAAUGGAGAGAGCCAGGAGGGUUGAAGACAACCAGAAACUGGCCCACCUGGAGGCCGAGCUGGAAGAGACGAAACUCCAGUUAAAGAAGCAGAAAGCUCUCAAAGAAACGUUUAUCAACGAGGCCAAGGAGGCAAAGAGGGAACUUGAGAGACUAGAGAAGUUCAGCGAUCCAGCAGUCCUUAACGCAGCGGUCAUUGCUUCCAAGGUUCACAACGAUGUGAAGUACAUGAAGAAGAAGAACUUGCAACAAGACUUUGAGGAGUUAAAGGUGGCCCACCUCCUCAGCCGGGAAGCGUUUGUAGCUGAAAUACAGGCUGAGAGAAAGAAAAGUCUGGCCCUCCAAGAAGAACUGAACCAACUGCAGACUUCAUACGAGGAGCUGCGUUCCCAGUAUGAAGCAGAUGAUGCUCUGCUGAGGCAGGAGGCCGAGACACAAAAGUAUGAUGAAGCAAGGCUUAGUGAGGAACAACGGCUGUUGGAGAACUUGAGAGCUGAAAAGGAUGAAAUGUAUCAAGAAAUGUCUCAAACGAUCACAUUCCUGCAAGGCAGUGAGAAACUUCUGCAGGAGGAAUUAAUUCAGCUGAAAUGUUCAUACAAUGAGCUCAAUUGUAAAUACGAAAGGGAUGUUUCUGGAUUGAAGCAAGACAUGGAUAGAUAUCAGGAGGAAGUGAGACAUGCGACAGAUGCCAACAUAGAAAGAGACAACGAAAAUCUGCAGCUCAUCAACAAGCUGAGAGCUGAAAAGGAGGAGCUCCUCCAAAAAAUGUCAGGAGAAAUCGAGACAUACCAGCAGCAGGUAGAGCAGGAGAGAAAAGCUCACCUGGAGAAAACAGAGGAGGACAAGAAGCUUCUAGACAAUAUGAGAGCUGAGAAGGAGGAGCUCCUCCACAAAAUGUCAGGAGAAAUCUCAAUUCGGCAAAAGAGGGAGAAGCAAAUGCUGCAUGAACUGGACCAGAUUCACACUCUCUAUGAGGAGCUAAAAUGUAGAUAUGAAAGAGACAUUAUGGACAUACAGCAACAGGUUGAGACAUACGAACAGAAGGUAAAGCAGGAGGAAGCUGCUCUUUCAAAGAAAGGAAAGAAAGAAAAGCUUAUCCAAGAGAGAAAACAUUCUGCGCUGAAACAAGAAGUCGAAAAACUUCAGCAUCAGGUAGAGCAGGAGAGAAAAGCUCACCUGAAGAAAACAGAGGAGAACAAGAAGCUUCUAGACAAUAUGAGAGCUGAGAAGGAGGAGCUCCUCCUAAAAAUGUCAGGAGAAAUCACUAUUCUUCAAAAGAGAGAGAAGCAGCUGCUGAACGAACUGGAUCAGUUUCACAUUUCGCAAGAGGAGCUAAAAUGUAGAUUUGAAAGAGACAAUAUGGAUUUACAGCAGGAGGUUGAGACAUACCAGCAUCAGGUAGAGCAGGAGAGAAAAGCUCACCUGGAGAAAACAGAGGAGGACAAGAAGCUUCUAGACAAUAUGAGAGCUGAGAAGGAGGAGCUCCUCCACAAAAUGUCAGGAGAAAUCGAGACAUACCAGCAUCAGGUAGAGCAGGAGAGAAAAGCUCACCUGGAGAAAACAGAGGAGGACAUGAAGCUUCUGGACAAUAUGAGAGCUGAGAAGGAGGAGCUCCUCCACAAAAUGUCAGGAGAAAUCUCAAUUCGGCAAAAGAGAGAGAAGCAAAUGCUGCAUGAACUGGACCAGGUUCACACUCUCUAUGAGGAGCUAAAAUGUAGAUAUGAAAGAGACAUUAUGGACAUACAGCAGCAGGUUGAGACAUACGAACAGAAGAUUUACAACAAUGAUUUACAAAGAGAAAGAGACGAUCUACUGCUGGCCGACACUCUCAGAGCCGAGGAAGAAGGUUUCCAACAACAACCCAUCACGGUUUCCCAAGAGAAGGAAGAAGAAUCACAGAACCAGGUUAAAGUCUUAAAUCAAGAGGUUUCUUCAGAGGAGGGUCUCUCAGGAGAACCUUUACCAGGUUCUUCCACUGAUCCAGAAUCCUCAGAAGAGACCGAGGUUGCUGGAGAAACCCUACUGGAGGAUUUGGACAAUCCAGAUGAGAAGGAGAAAGACGUGCAGGAGACGAACCAAGGACUGGAAUCAAAGGCAUGGAGGUUGUAG